GUGUGCAGGCCGAUGCAACCUGUCAAGUCGCAAGUUCAAGAGCAGGCACGCGUCGCGGCCGCCAGCAGAAUUGCCGCAGCCUUCGUGUCGAAUGCACGCGAAUAUCGUACGCGGUCCUUCCGACGUUUUCGCGAAUAACGAGUGUUUGAACAUAAUUUUUGAACGAUUUGUUCUAGAGUGUUUCGAUUAUCUUUUUUUUUUUUUAAUAAUCAACCAGCCAGCGUUAUAAUGCGGGAAUUAAUGAGAUUAGCAGUCCUUCUCGCAGCGGUAACAGCCUCCAUCGGAGCUCCAGCAUCAUCAGCUAACUAUGAUGAGAACCUUACAUUGGACAGAAAAGAGCAAUCCACUCAUGAAUUAUUAAGCUCGCUUGGCUUAAAAAAACUGAGAAUACCGGCCGCGCAUCACAGGAAGCGCCUCGCAGAACAAGGGAGACGCCAUAGUACGGGAGACUCCAGAAUGUACGUCAUUAAACUACCCCCCAACAUGAGUUAUUACUCUCACGCUGAUCCAGCGCCCGCCGCAGCGAGGACUCUACCUCUUCAGAUGAAGAGCAACGGAAAACCUGCACGCGUUUACCACUGGAAUAUUCCAGUACUGCAGAAAUUGGCAAAGAACCGACCUCAGGCAAGAUUCGACGACGAUAACAUAGUCGAUGUUGAAAGUACUCCAACGUGGCCAAAAGCACCGACCGAUCAUCCGAACUCUCUUGAAGCGUUAGCGUAUUACGUUCCCGCCAAAAAGACAUCGUUCCGAAAAUAUUUUUCAGGCAACGGGAAACCGAAAUCAUUUUAUGUGAUCGAAAAAAACAAGAGUGCCGCACAGUAUCAUAAGUUAUUGCCUUAAUUGAGAUAAUUUGAUCAUGGUCAGAUGUACGAAAGAAAAUAAUCUCUAAUAUAACUCUUGACGUGAAUGAUAAAACGCAGCAUAGAUUACAGAUUACUUAAAGAACUAAGUAAUGAAAAUAUUGUUUUAUUAAACAAAAAUGGGCAGUUGUAGCUGCAUUAUUGACUGAGUGAAAACUCAGACAAUUAAAUGAUAUGUUAUAACAAAAUCAAUGUAAAAUCACUAGAGCAAAAUUUCUACACCUAAAUUGUAUUUUACUAAAUUAAAGGUCUUAAUCUGUGAGUGAACCUCCUUGUAUUUUGAAGAUGAUUGAAAAAUUACAUUGGCAAAAAUAUAUAUCGGAAAUUUGAAGGAACAAUAUAGAUUUCAAAUUGUCAACUCCAAUUUAUUAUUUAAAAUAUAUAGCUGCAACCCUUUAUAGGUUAUCAUUUUCGUUAAUUCAUUUAGAAAUUAAUAUAGUCGUAACCCUAAGGAAAACUUUAUUUAUAGUAGUUGACUUUUGAAUAAUGAAAAAUCCUUAUGGUGUCCACUUCAAAAAAUAAAAAUGAUCGUAAAUUAAUUUUUUAUCCAGAACUAACCCAAUUAAAUUCACUUAUCAUCUGUUUAUUGUUUUUCAUUAAACUGCAUUUAAAGUAGUAUGUAUAUGGAACCAAAUGUUUCCCCAAUAUAUUUCACUCUAAAUAAUUGAACAUUUGAAGCCAAUUUCAAAGUUGUCAUAUUUUCGUUUUGAAUAAAGUACCUAGGAGUAACAUUCGUAACUCCAAAAAUCAAUAAUUUUACAGACUUCAAAUCAAAAUGAAGGAGGCUCUUGAUUCGAGGCGUAUGUUUCAAUUAAUACAAUUUUAAUGCUUCGGUAAUAUUUUUUAAGUAAAAUAGAUUAUUUAUAUCCGCAUAGUAGGUAAUCGAUCCAGUGCGUGUUAAUGUAAAAAAGCUUUUAUUAUAUUUUCUAAGUAGCAUUAAGUAAACGAUAGGUGCUUAGAUCUAUUAUUAAGACUGUAUUACGAAUUUAAAUUAUUUUUUACUAAAGUUAAGAUGCAACAUUUUUAAAAUAAUCUUUGGCUAUUAGAAUCUGUAUGGUUGUGGUACUUGGUGGUUGGUAAGGCUUAUUAGUAUGCAAGAUGUCUUUGAACGGUUCCCGGAUGGUGUAUCCAGUGAUAGGUAGUAGAACCAGUGUUUUGUGUUAGCAGAUCACAUCAGAUAAGACACAGAUCGAUUUCGAAAAAGUGUACAAUAAUGUUUUUUGGCUUAUAGCUCAAUGUAAUACUUCGACGCUAACAAAUCCAGUGAAAUAUUUGAUGAAAACCCAAACAGAUUUGACUCGAGCGAAGGGUCAUGACAACAAGUGUCCAAUCCAAAUGACCGUGAUUAAUAUUAUCUGAAAUAUUAUGAGAUUCUGUUUUGGUACAACAAAUGCAAUUUCGGGAACCCAAAAACUUUGCACUUUUUUCUUUCACUUUUAUUAUAAACAGCCCGAAUUGUAAAUUAUAGUUUGCUCUUAGUUUACCUGUAUUCUAAUUACAAAAAAUCCCUCAGAAACACCCUCAAUGUACGCAAAUGAAGUCAAGGAGUCAUAGAAUAUGAUAUAAAUGUUAAUUAAUAAUAUUUAUUUUUACUUAACUAUACGAAAUGGGACUAUAAAAUUUAUUUGCUACUAGCUGACUCCCGCGAUAUUACCCGCGGUUAUUGUCGUACCGCGGCUGACACCGCGGGGCGAAGCUAGUCUAAAAAAGUAGCCUAAGUUACUCCUUAUGUCAUCAGCUACCUAUCAGUGAAAGUCUCGUCAAAAUCCGUCCAGCCGUUCCAGAUAUUAGCCGCAACAAACGGACAGACAGACAAAAAUUGUAAAAAAUGUUAUUUUGGUGUGUGUACCGUAUAUAUAUAUAUUCAUAUGCAGGUAGUAAAAAGCGGUUAUUUCAAUAUUACAAACAGACACUCUAAUUUUAUUGAUAUGCAUAGAUAAUCUAUGAAACAUUUUAAUAUUAAAGUUAUAUAUAAUACGUUUACGUUAUAUCUGUGUAACCCGAGGUACAUAUGUCAUCAUAUGUACAUAUGUCAUCAUACAUAUGUAUGUACAAAAAGUCAUAGAGCAUUUCUGUGUCCGUAUGGACCUAUUUCUGUUUGUAGUUGAAUAAUGAUUUUACAAUAUCAUAUCGAAUUAUCGAUAAUCACCGAAAAUCUGUUCAAUCGUAUUCAUCUCGUGCCGUAAAAAGUCAAUGCACAUAGACAUGUACCUACUUGUAAAUGUUUAACGGUAUGCUUUGAAAAUAUUCAUUUUACUUAAGGCACUCACUACCCCAAAAUAUACUGUUGAUAUAUUAACAAAAGCGUAUCAAAUAUCGCGUCAGAAUAUUUUGACGAGACAAUCCUGUCUAUAUAACGGCCUUAUAGAAGCUAAAUGCUAGGCAUUGCUGCGUAAUAACGAAUAUAGAUCAAUGGUUGAAGAAAGGCUAUUUAUUUCGUUUAUGUGACAUUUUUGUAACUAUACAGGAGAGCCAUUUAAAGUUCAAAAUUUGGAAAAUAUAAAAUAACAAAAAAACUUAUUCAACUAUUUGAAUGUGGUAAACAUUAAUUGCAAUUCAACGUUUGAUGUGCAAAAACAUCGAAUUGUUGAUACUAAUACCAAAUAAAACGGACCUUUAAUUGAGUCGACUAUUAUCAAAGCCGGCAAUGUGACUUUUGGACAAUUAUUGGUAAAUCAGAAAAACGAAUUAUUGACUUUGUAUUCCAUUGGCAGUCACAAAACUCUUCUGAACAACAUCUUAGUUAAAUAACAGGUUAAGUAUUAACCUUUAUUUAAUGCAGGUUUUGAACCGUAUUCUUUGAAGGAGACGAUUAUAUUCAAAUCAAUCUGUAUUGACAUAUCAAUAACAUUUUUUUGUCCAAAUGCACAGAUUGCCACCUUUGAUAAUAGACGACUCAAUUACAAAGCCGAAAUGUCGCAUAGAUGAAAUAGAUUUCUUACCUCUCGAGACAUGAUCAGCGCCAAAAGACUACAGAAUAUCUUCCGAUUUAUGUUAGAUUUCUUUCCGUUUUUACAGAUAAUGAAUUUUUUUGUUUGUUUUAGUAAACUAGAUUAAAUAAAUGAGUAGGCAAGUCGUUACACUAGCAUUAAGAUAUUUUGUACAACUAACUUGGAACUGAGCAAUAAAAUACUUCUUAUUAA